CAAUCACCUUACCAGAUUGAUAUCCCAGCCACCGACAUACUCUCCUAUGUCUAUCCUGAAGGAAAUGAACCCUAUGACCAGCCAAUAUGGAUCGAUGCGGACGACACUACAAGGUCGUUGUCACCUAAACAGGCCCUGGGGUGGAUCAAAAGACUCGGCAUGGGACUCGACAAUCUCCACAUUGGCAAGAACGAAGUGGUCAUGAUGUUUUCCACAAACCAUAUCUUCUGUCCCGUCGCUUAUCUAGGUGUUGCUGGGUCUGGACGUGUGUUCAGCGGUGCCAACCCAGCCUAUACUGUCAAAGAGAUUGCCUUUCAGAUCACCAAUACGGGUUCCAAGCUGAUCCUGGUGGAUCCGAGUCUACUGGACAACCUUUUGAAGGCUGCGGACCAAGUCCAAUUCCCUCGUGACAAGAUAUACCUAUUCCUAGAUGAACCAUGCAAACCCCAAAAAGGCAUCAAAGAUUGGAGCUCUUUCCUACCCUCGCGAGAAGCUGCAGAGAACUGGCAAUGGCACCGAAUGACUACCGGUCUGCCCAAGGGUGUGAAGGUCGCUCAUCAGAACAUUAUCGCCAACGUCUGCCAAUCUCUAUACAUGAGAGAACUGUCACAAUCCUAUCCAGCAGAUCAGAAGCCACCAGAGAGAUUCCUAGGAUUCCUGCCAUUGUGGGUAUUACCGAUAUUGCAAAAUGCUAUAGCAAUGAUGCUGAUGCUCGGAGCAGAUNACCAUGCCUACGGGCAGCUAUGGUCAAUCACGGCUGCCGCGAUCACACGAACACCCUGCUACUACAUGCGGGCCUUCAACUUCGAACCUUUCCUAUCGCACAUCCAACGCCACCGGAUCACACACAUCCAAACAGCACCUCCGGUUCUUGUCAUGUUGGCCAAGAGACCAGAGACCAAGAAGUAUGAUCUAUCAUCUCUAGUCAACAUUCUUUGUGGUGCCGCACCACUCAGCAAGGAAUUGCAGAACGAAGUCAGCACCAAGUUCAAUCUCAAAGUCGUACAAACUUGGGGUAUGACAGAGGUGACAUGUUCCUGCUUGCACGUUCCCGGCGGCAUGGAUGACAGAAGUGGAAGUGUCGGACAAGUCGAUCCCAACUCGACAAUCAAACUCAUCGACGAAAGUGGAAACGAAGUCACCAAACCAGGUCAACGUGGAGAAAUCUUCGUGCGAGGUCCCAACGUAAGCACAGAAGAAUACAACAUUUCAAUGAGUUUCACUAACUUUACCUUGACAGNNAUCACCCAUCUUGGCUAUUGGAAANACGAAAGCGCCACAAAAGCAUCCUUCGACAGCGAAGGCUUCCUAAAAACCGGCGACGUUGCCAUCUACGACGAAAAAGGCUGGUUCUGGAUCGUCGACCGCGCCAAAGAAAUCUUCAAGGUCAAUGGCUUCCAAGUUGCUCCUGCCGAACNNUUGGAAGCAGUAUUGCUAGAAAAUGAUGAUAUUGCUGAUGCUGCAGUUUGCGCUUUGAACAAAGAUCAUGAAGAUCGGCCCAGAGCAUAUGUGAUUGUAGACACUAUCAAGACAAAUGAGUACAAACUGUUCACGUCUUAA